AUGGCCGGCUUAAUUCGUACGCGUGUGGCCAUGGCCACCCGCUCAUUCUCCACGUCGGCAGUCGCCCGCGGUUUCGGAAAGGAGCCCGAUUGGGACCAACGCAACGACGAGGAAUCGGCAAAGUAUAUGUGGGACGAGGCCAGCACGAUCGGAUACAUCCGUCUCGCGGCUAUCGACGAUGUCCGCCAACUCGUCGCUAACAUGUACACGGACGCUGCGGCUCUGAAUGCCCAAGCCAAGACGUUCAAGCCGGCCGCAGGCAAGAUCCGCCUGACCACCGCUAUCGACCUCGCAAACCCCAACCACGAGUAUAACCAGAAGACUGUUCUUCAGGCCCCACUCUCCACUCUGCCUCUCAAGGAUGCUGCUGCCAUUCGCCGUUUCCAGCUCCUCGCCGGGCCGCGGUGGACACCUGGCACUCCGGGAUCCAGCGAGUUGGCCGCGGACGGCGACGGGUGGUUCAAGCUCAGCGAGGCGCGAUACCCCGCCAUCCGGAUGAACCGGAAGAGCGCGAGCGACAUGUUGGAACGGCUGGUGGAGGCUGCAAAUGACCCCAAGUCGCCUAUUCCCGCAGACACGCCGCUGGACGGGCGUCAUCUCCUUGCAAAGCAGAGCAAGUUUGGAGGCGCAAAGCGGUACGCUCGGCGCGAGGCUCUUCAGCGCCGUCCGGACAUUGUUGGCGGCGUCAAGGGGUUCCCGAAGGAGUGGCUGUCAACCGAGGCGCAGGACAAGCUCAAGGCAUGA